GUAUACUGGACAUCGUUUUGAACUUCCCUGGUUAUCACAGAUGGAGGUUCAGUAAUGUCCUGAGAAACACUCUCAAAAUAGUGAUCAGUCUUGCAUGGACAAUCCUUCUUCCAAUCUGUUAUUUUCAGUCAGACUCUGCGGGCGCUGGUCAAAUAAAGAAACUGCUCUCAUUUCUUCCUCAAGUGAAAGGCAUCCCUCCGCUGUAUAUUAUGGCAGUGGGAGUUUACCUCAUUCCAAAUGUACUAGCAGCCUGUCUUUUUAUUUUCCCAAUGCUGCGACGUUUUAUUGAAAAUUCAGACUGGCAUAUCAUCAGAUUACUCUUGUGGUGGUCACAGCCUAGAAUUUACAUUGGCAGAGGGAUGCAUGAAAGUCAGUUUGCACUAAUAAAGUACACUCUCUUCUGGUUGUUGUUGUUGUGUUCCAAAUGUGCAUUCAGUUACUUCAUCCAGAUAAAGCCUCUUGUCAAGCCGACCAAGGAUAUAAUGCGCAUCACUCUUGUUAAAUAUGAAUGGCAUGAAAUUUUUCCAGAAGCUGAACGUAACUAUGGAGCAGUUUUUGCACUCUGGGCUCCUGUAAUCUUGGUAUAUUUCAUGGACUCUCAAAUUUGGUAUGCGAUAUAUUCAACUUUGUGUGGUGGCAUAAUUGGGGCCUUUGAUCGCCUUGGAGAGAUACGUACUCUGGGCAUGCUAAGGUCCCGUUUCCAGUCACUACCUGGUGCAUUUAACACCUAUUUGGUGCCCACUGACAAGUCCCAGAGAAGAGGAUUUUCUUUUGUGAAGCGUUUUGCUGAGGUUCCAGCAAGCAGGAGAAGUGAAGCUGCGAAAUUUGCUCAGCUUUGGAAUGAAAUAAUAUGUAGUUUUCGGGAAGAGGAUCUUAUUAGUGACAGGAAAGCCUCUGAACCAAAUUGCAGUUACAUCUAUUUCUGGUUAUUGACUUCAUCUUCUCAUCCUUUAAGUAACAUAAAUUUUAUCUUAUUCAGAGAGAUGGACCUGUUGUUGGUUCCUUAUUCCCUCGAUCCAAGCCUGAAUAUUAUACAGUGGCCCCCUUUUUUGCUUGCUAGCAAGAUUCCAAUAGCUCUGGAUAUUGCUGCUCAAUUCCGAUCCAAAGACGCUGAUCUCUGGAAGCGUAUAUGCGCAGAUGAAUAUAUGAAAUGUGCAGUUAUUGAAUGCUAUGAAUCAAUCAAGCAUGCCCUCAAUGUUCUGGUUAUUGGAGAAAAUGAGAAAAGGGUCGUUAGCGGCAUCUUCAAAGAAAUAGAAAGCCACAUUGCAAAGAAUACAUUCCUGCAAAAUUUCAAGAUGAAAGCUUUAUCCACUCUGUGCGAAAAACUUGUAGAGCUCGUGGGAAUUCUGAAAGAUGGUGAUCCAGACAAGCGAGGUAGAGUGGUACUACUGCUGCAGGACAUGUUGGAAGUUGUUUCCCGUGAUAUGUCAACGAUUGAGAUCCGUGAGUUGGUGGAAAGCCAUAGUAGCAAAGAUACUGGAAGACAACUUUUUGCUGGCACUGAUGCAAAACCUGCCAUACUAUAUCCUCCUGUAGUUACAGCACAAUGGGACGAACAGAUAAGGCGCCUCUAUCUGUUAUUGACAGUCAAGGAAUCUGCAAUGGACGUCCCUACAAACCUUGAAGCUCGUCGUAGAAUUUCAUUUUUCACAAAUUCAUUGUUCAUGGAUAUGCCUCGUCCUCCUCGAGUCCGUAAAAUGCUCUCAUUCAGUGUCAUGACUCCCUACUAUAGUGAGGAGACCGUGUAUUCCAAGAAUGACCUUGAAAUGGAGAACGAAGAUGGUAUCUCGAUCAUUUAUUACUUGCAGAAGAUAUUUCCAGAUGAGUGGGAAAACUUCAAGGAGCGGCUUAACUGUAAAAAGGAGAGCGAAAUCUGGGAAAAUGAAGAGAACAUUCUGCAGCUUCGUCACUGGGUCUCCCUAAGAGGACAAACUCUUUGCCGGACAGUUAGAGGAAUGAUGUACUACCGGCGAGCAUUGAAGCUUCAGGCUUUCCUUGACAUGGCUAAUGAGAGCGAGAUGCAGGAAGGCUACAAAGCAAUAGGAUUUAUGUCAGAGGGCGACAAGAAAAAGCAGAGAUCUUUGCACGCUCAACUCGAGGCCAUGGCUGACAUGAAAUUCACUUAUGUUGCUACCUGUCAGAACUACGGAAACCAGAAGCGAAAUGGAGACCGCCGAGCAACGGACAUUCUUAAUUUGAUGGUCAAUAAUCCUUCGCUCCGUGUGGCAUAUAUUGAUGAGGUUGAGGAAAGAGAUGGGGACAAGGUGCAAAAGGUUUAUUACUCCGUGCUCGUCAAAGCAGUUGACAACCUAGACCAGGAAAUCUACCGCAUAAAAUUGCCUGGCUCAGCUAAAAUUGGAGAAGGGAAACCUGAAAAUCAGAACCAUGCUAUAAUUUUCACUCGAGGGGAAGCUCUUCAAACUAUUGACAUGAACCAGGAUAAUUAUUUGGAAGAAGCUCUAAAAAUGCGUAACCUUCUGGAAGAAUUCAAUGAGGACCACGGUGUGCGGCCACCGUCAAUUUUGGGUGUUCGUGAGCAUGUCUUUACUGGAAGUGUCUCCUCAUUGGCUUGGUUUAUGUCUAACCAAGAAACAAGUUUUGUUACAAUUGGACAAAGAGUGCUCGCGAGGCCUCUGAAGGUACGGUUCCAUUAUGGUCACCCGGAUGUAUUUGAUAGAAUCUUCCAUAUUACUCGUGGAGGAAUUAGCAAGGCUUCUCGUGGUAUCAAUCUCAGUGAGGACAUUUUUGCAGGCUUCAAUUCUACAUUGAGACGUGGAAACAUUACUCAUCAUGAAUAUAUACAAGUUGGAAAGGGCAGGGACGUUGGGCUUAACCAAAUAUCCCUUUUUGAAGCAAAAGUGGCCUGUGGUAAUGGUGAACAGACUCUCAGCAGGGAUCUCUACCGCUUGGGUCAUCGCUUCGACUUUUUCCGCAUGUUGUCUUGUUACUUUACAACAGCGGGAUUUUAUGUCAGUGCAAUGUUGGUCGUCCUCGUCCUCUACGCUUAUUUGUACGGGAAGCUUUACCUCUCACUGAGUGGAUUGGAGAAGUCCAUCAUUAAAGUCGCAAGGGCUAGGGGGAAUGAUCCUCUGAAGGCUGCCAUGGCUUCUCAGUCUGUGGUUCAGCUCGGGCUUCUCAUGGCCUUACCAAUGGUCAUGGAGAUAGGGCUCGAGAGAGGAUUCAGGACAGCCCUAGGAGACCUCAUAAUCAUGCAGCUGCAGCUUGCAGCUGUGUUUUUCACCUUCUCGCUUGGAACCAAAGCCCACUACUUCGGGAGGACCAUCCUUCAUGGUGGAGCCAAGUACAGAGCAACUGGACGUGGUUUCGUGGUUCGGCAUGAGAAGUUUGCUGAGAACUAUAGGAUGUAUUCCAGGAGUCACUUUGUGAAGGGAGUAGAGCUCAUGGUUCUGCUGAUAGUUUACCAGAUUUAUGGCUCGGCAGCAACAGGAGCCGCCUAUAUGCUCCUCACGAUGUCCAUGUGGUUCUUGGUCGUAUCUUGGUUGUUUGCUCCUUUCCUCUUCAAUCCUUCGGGAUUUGAGUGGCAGAAGAUAGUGGAUGACUGGGAUGACUGGACAAAAUGGAUUAGUAGCCGAGGUGGUAUUGGUGUUCCCGCGACUAAGAGCUGGGAGUCAUGGUGGGAUGAAGAGCAAGAGCACCUGCAGUACACUGGGUGGUUAGGACGGUUCUGGGAGGUCAUUCUUGCUCUCCGGUUCUUCGUUUACCAGUAUGGUAUCGUCUAUCAUCUCCACGUCUCCCAAGGGAGCAAGAGCAUCAUCAUUUAUGGCCUCUCGUGGCUUGUGAUUGUUGCUGUGAUGAUCAUCCUGAAGAUAGUGUCCAUGGGAAGAAAGAAGUUCAGCGCCGAUUUCCAGCUGAUGUUCAGGCUUCUCAAACUCUUUCUCUUUAUCGGGUCCAUAGUCACUCUCGGUGUCCUCUUCACAUUCCUUAGCCUCACUGUGGGGGACAUCUUCGCCAGUUUACUCGCCUUCAUGCCGACUGGAUGGGCAUUGCUUCAGAUAGCACAAGCGUGGAGGCCAUUGGUGAAGGGUCUGGGGAUGUGGGGAUCGGUGAAAGCACUCGGGAGAGGGUACGAUUACUUGAUGGGGCUCGUGAUCUUCACUCCGGUGGCGGUCCUCGCUUGGUUCCCCUUCGUGUCUGAGUUCCAGACGAGGCUGCUCUUCAACCAAGCCUUCAGCAGAGGUCUCCAAAUCCAACGUAUUCUCGCGGGUGGCAAGAAGCAGAAGUAAUCAAUUGCAGUAAGCUUAGCCCCCUAUAUAUAUUCCUCAUAGACUCCGACUCGGGCCAAAUAAUUAAGAGGCAUAAUGUACAUGUUCACCGGGGCAUAUAUCAUCAACCGACAAUAUCACUUGCCCGGUGCUAGCACAUGCAUAUAUUGAAAAGCCUCGAAAUAUGGCUGCAGAUACAUGUGUCACGCAACUCGUGUUUUGUACUAAGAAAAAUAAAUAGAAAUCAAAGAUAUAUUUCAUUGA